UUAAUUUCCCUUGAUGAUUAACUUUCAGAAUUAAUUUUUUCAGAACUAAUUCCCUUGAUGCUUUCAGUAAAAAGUACCGUCACCUACACAUGGGUGACGUGGCGACCAACGUACCAAGACAGAUGCCUGGACGGGCGCCAAAAACGGGUGCAAAUACCCCAAUAACGCUAUCAUCAUAUCGCGUAAUCAUUGCAAGUCCCGAUAACAGUUUAACGACGUUGUCAAGUACUCGCACUAAACGAAACGUACACUUUCGCGAGCGUUACUCGAUUGUAACGGUGCGAUACAUUAAGUAUAGGAUUGAUUGAUAUUCGUGAGUACGUAUUGAACUUAAUCCUGGGAGAAGUAGUAGUAGUAGUAGUAGUAGGGGAGUAGUCAGCGGGAUAUAUACGCGAGCGCGCGUUACCACGGUAUUCGACAGUCGGCGCGCGGCACUCGAACGGAGCGGGUCGCGUCUUCUCGUCCCGUCCAGUCGAAACUUUUCCAGCGACUGCUCCAGGUCGCGGGAAAAGAUCAGUUCCGAAAGAAACUAAACCUGAACAAAAGCAAAACGAAAAAAAAAAAACACAAGAAUCGCACGGAAGAAAUUCGGCGCGACAGCCGCGCGACGAAAGGAUUACAGAGAAUCGUCCGCGAGCGAGGAUCACUCGAUCGGUUCGCGUUUUAAGAUGACCGCCUCGGCACUCGCUCCUCCGUGUUCCUCUUACUCCUUUCCACCCUUCGUCCCGUCCGUGUUCGCGUCGUCGUCGUCGUCGUCGUCGACGUCGUGCUCCAACGCACCGCUACCGUCGCGCAGAAAGAAGAAACCGAACCGAUUGUGGACGAUCGAUCGCGAUUACUCGUCCAGUGUCAGCGAGAGCGGCUUCUGAGCUCUCAAGGCGAUCGAAGAAUCGAGGAAGCGAGGAAGACCCAUAGAAUUCCGGAUUCCUUGGAGACUCUGUCGCGAACUUGGAGUUUAGGAAUAAAAGCGAAAAGGGGAGAUUAAAGAAUUAAACAAGUGCAAGUGCGCGAAGGGAUCCGCUCGAUACGGAGGCUGGUCCAUCGGCACGCGCUGCGUUCGCCGAUCCACGGGUCGGAGAAAGGGAGAAGAAGAGCACGAGCACGCUCGUGGAAGUGGGAAGAGCCAGAGGAGCGAGGCGAAGGGAAAUAGAAUCCAGGAAGCGACGAGGUGCUCCCUGGCAGGAGACAUCCCGUCGGGUCCGGCGCGAACUCGCAUCACGAGCCGGCUAUGGGAAAGCUGGCAACGAGUCGUCGACGCGUGACCCGUGAUAACGUGGAACAGGAGGCAUCGGGGUGCUCGAUUAGGCCGAGCAGCGCCAGUUCUGGCCGCGCUUUCGUCGCGGUUCCUGUUCUGGGAAUCGUCACGAGUGAACCCCGCGCGGGACGGUAUGGAUCUAUCGAUCGCGAUCCCAGAUGCUCGGCUGUCCCGAGAAGCUGGAACAGACCGAGGAAAGAUCCGUCGACAGUGAGUGACGAAAGCUCCGGUGCUAUCGAAGGGACCCGUUCUAGAUCGGACAGUGAUCUAAAAGCUUCUGUCUCGAGGGACAGAUUCGUGGACAGCGUGAGUGACGAAAAGGCCAGGCCUGGUGACCCCGAAGACGCGGUUGUCACGCGGAGCAGGAUCGUGGAUAGACUCAUAAACCAUCGUACGACAGUGAGUGACGAAAACGUAAUCGCGUUCGAGCACGUCGGUCGCGGCUGGGAUCGUCGAUCGCUCGACAAUCCUGGGACUCGAUCUUCCAUCGAGACGGCAGCCGUUGGCGAAUCGUUCGACGUGUUUCACGUGGAUGGGAAUGCGGUGGUUCGACGGGAUCGUUCGUUUCGCGACGAUCCGCGUUCCGGGGACUCGUUCGUCUUGAGCAGAGGCCUGGUGGACGGAGUCAGGAACGCUCAAUCUUCGGCGACGUUAGAUAAUUCCGGUACUCGAUCCUCCGUCGAGACGGCGAUCGAUGACUGGUCAGUUCGCGUGGGGAAUAAGGUGGUUCGUGCGGACGGAGUGAGGAACGAUCGAAGGUUUUCCUCGAGGGCAGUGACGUUGGACGAUCCUGGGACUCGAUCCUCCGUCGAGACGGCUGUUGACGCGCUGUCGGGCGCGUUUUACGCGGUGUUUAGACAGGAUCGUCACUUUUACGGCGAUCGGAGGCGUCCAGUGGACUGCGUCGAGAGGAAAGUAGAUGCCGGUAAACGUGGACGCGGGUGGUCCAUCGUUCUGACGGCAAUGGCGAUCGUCGCGGUUUGCGCGCCAGUGUCGGGCGUGCCGAUGCCGUCGCGAACGGAUAUGCUAACCGGUCCCAGGCACGACCUCGACCGCUCGACCGGUCUCGAGGACGUCUACGAGGACGCUUUCGAGGACGCUUUCCGAGAAGAGGACCAGCGACCGACGAGAACCGUCCUCGACGACAGCGAGCUGGAGAUCAUCAGAAGAAGCAUCGCGCGAGGUCUCGGCUUGAAGAGGAUACCCGACCCUUCUAGGGCCAACGUGAGCCAAGACGAGUACGAGAGAGCGCACAGAGAGUACCUGAAGAAAGUGCAGCUGUCGUUCGACGAGCGGAGUUCCAGAAGCACGAAGAAGCUGCACGUGUUCCACGCCACAGCGCAUCCUGGAAAUGGAUCGAGUCGAAUGUACGAUACGAACGAGAGAAGAGGACGUUAUCGUCAUCGAUUGUUCUUCCCCGUGGAAAUUCCUGACGGCGAUGACAACGCGUCGGUGGAUCACGCAACGCUUCGUCUGCUGCUGCACGGUCAUUACAGCGAUCGAGCCAACGUGGACGUUUUACUCUAUCUAAGAACGUUCGGUUCGCGAAAGUUGAUCGUUCGUAAAAGAAUCGAGUCGCGGGACUCGCGGGAUUCGAGGUGGCUCGAGUUUGAUUCGACCGUGGUCGUUUCCUCGUGGCUCGAGGCUGGUCUUGAGAAUCUUGGCCUCGAGCUAGAAUUUCUCCACGAUGGCGAACCGACGCUACGCACAUUCACGUCGCCGGUUCUCAACGUGUUCACCGAACGAAUCGCCUACGAGCCCAACGGUAGGGUGAAACGAUCCACUCCCGAGGAACUGAUGUCCCUGCACAAAGGUCGCAGGACCAAGUGCAAGGGAGAAAGUAAAAAGUGUUGCAGACACGAGCUAACGGUGAUGUUCAAAGAGCUCAAGGGUUUCGAGUUCAUCGUUUACCCGCGAACAUUCGACGCGGGCUACUGCAAGGGUCGUUGUCCGCCCAGGUACAAUCCAGCCCAUCAUCACGCCCUGCUGCAAAGUCUGCUGUGGAAGGAAGACAAAAAGAAGGUGCCGAAACCUUGCUGCGCGCCGAGCAAGCUCGACCAAUUGAUGAUCGUUUACUACGACGAGAACAAUUCCACGCAGCUGAAGGUCUCCUAUUGGAAGAACAUCCAAGUACUCGAGUGCGCUUGUUCCUGAACGAUUUUUCGUCUUCCUUUUCGACUAGAGUGAAUGAACGAAGGAAGCUACACGUGGGGGGACAGAAUAGAAAAACGGAAAAGAAACGGUCUACCGUCACCGAGGACUCACCAAAGAAUCGUCCGAAUAGCGUUCGGUGGUGCCACCUCUCCGUCGAUCCUCGCGAUUCAGCGUUCGCGCCUCUCGCGAACUUCCGGUUAGGGAUGAUCGAUCCUUAUUAAUUUAUUCGACAGAUCGGUUUUCUCGUUACCAGCUUUGAAAUCUUCCGAGUAUCACAAAGAAGAAGUUAAAUAAAUUUCCUUUUAUUAGCUCUUCAUUCGAUCGAUUGCCUGCUUUCGAAGAUAAGCCUUGCACUGAAACAGUAAAUACUGUGAUGAUGCUUAUAUUCGAUUGAAUUUAAUGAAAGAAUCGAUUGAUAAUAUUUGGUACCAAAAUGAUCUUGAAUCGAGCAUCCCUAUUUCCUUCCAUGCUUUGUAUAAUUUUAUACACGUGCUCCUUCAAACGUUUCGUUUAAUAAAAAACUGAUCGUUUGAUAAAUGACAUCGCGUGGGUGGAAACAAACGACGGAGAACUCUUCCUCGUAUCCCUUUAACUCGAUUCGAGGGCAUCACCGAAGGCCCAAGACCCCGCCAGUUGUGGGUCUUGCAUUGACUGUGAUACUAAGAUAUCUGCUUGACGUUAUUGCUCGUAAAUAAUCGUAUUUCGUAUCGUUAAAUGUUUUUUUUAAUUACCCUUGUACAUACGCGACCUGGUUAAGCGAAUCGUCGUGAACGGGAUCGUUCCGCCGACAACGGGGAACUUAUGAACUUACCGACAAAGUCGCGACAAGAUUCUCGUAAAAAGAAGUCGAUAAUGCUUGUUCGCGCACGCGUUGCGAGAUUAAUGUUACCGACCCGAUCGUGCUCCAUUUUCUUAAGGAGUUUGACUAAUUUUGAGCCAAAAAAUUCAAGACUUAAGUAUUAAAAAUAACGACGAAAGAAAUAUGACAACAUUCGAAUCAUCGACGACCUAUAUACUUAAACAAACAGAUCUGUAGAAACAAAAUGUCAGAUACUACGUUUCUGGGGCUCCAAACUUAGUCAGCUUCCUUAAUCACGAAGAUGUAAUUGCACGCAAAGAAAACGACGCUACAAUCA